AUGGCUGCUCGCGAGCCCUUCAAGCCCAUCUCUAUUGACAAGAGGUUAGGUGAAGUUUACUUUCACGAAAAGUGCUAUCUAACUGGUUUCGGUUCAGCCCCCAAGACAGAUCCUUUUUCAAUCGUUCAAGCGGAGGCUAUGGUAAAAAAAGACGGAAAUAACAAAAAGCCUAUAAAAAUCAAGGUGACGGCAUUGGCAGACUCCCUGAAACUAGCAAAGGCCUCUCACAUCGGAAAGAAGCCACCACACUCAAAAAUCAAGUAUUCUGAAGUGAAACUACACAAAAUCUUUCCUCACUCUAAAAAGGUUCUAGUCCUGGGCAUUCAAGUGUCUGGCAGUCCUCAACAGUAUUUGGUACUGACUUUUGAACAGCCUCUUAAAGCUACACGACUCGAUGAUGAAUUAACCUACGCUGAUGACGCUCCGAGGCACAACCUAAAAAAUCAAAUCCCAGUUUUUGAACCACCUGAAGUAAAUGAACCAUCACCGACUUACAACAUCACCAAUUCUCCGGCAUUCGUAAACGCUACUGGAAGUGUAAGUGAACGCACUAGUGGGAGCCGAGAAACCACUCCCAUUCACGAGAACGAAGUACCACAGGCCAGGUUAAAUCCACCAGCCGAAGUUUCGGGGGAUUUAUCUACUUCAGGAGUGGUUGGAUUGCCUAGACAACCAGCUCACAGUCCGUCGCUUUCACCAUCUCCACCCGCAUCGCCAACAGCAACCCAAUCUGACGCACACACACCACAAAGCAUACCUUACGACCAUUCACAAAUUGAGACUUUGAACGAGCCAGCCAAUCCGAAGGAAGUGAAUGCGCCUGUUUGCGUAAAGUGUCGGUCAGAGUGCAAAAAUUUGGUGAGCACUGCUACCUCUCCAGUCAAAAUGCCAACUAAUAAAUCUCGAUCGAGAUCAAGCUCCAGAUCUCACUCGUAUACUUAUUCGGACUCUAGUUCUCAGUUUCGUUCUCCUAUUUGCUCCUGUGAUCAAUACCCACACAAUGGCCUCUUGGAUAGUCGAACAUCCACCGCUUCCCGCCGCACCAUGACGACAGACGCUAGUUCACAUUAUGUUGUUUACGAGGAACGUCCUCUUUACGAACAUCAAAUUCGCUCUCAGCAACAACAAAAACCAAAAUCCUCUCCUGUAAGCCAAUCUACCUUUUGCGUUAGAGACAAAGGUUCUACCCGGAAGACUAAACCUCGACCGAGAACAGUCUCUACCUCGUCUUCCAUUUCAUCAGCUUCUUCCUUUUCUUCAUCAUCUAGGCGUCAAUCAAAAUCGAAACGAGAGCAUCGACCAAAGCCACUCGUUUCUUCUAGCCGCGUUAACCAUCACCAACUUAACGAUGAUUCCAAAGCUGCACCUGGCUCCUCUAAGUCCUUGUUUAUCCUUGCAACGGGAAAAUUUAAACCCUUUUCAGAGUUGUCACAUGAACAUAAUGGUAAAACACAGGGUAUUUGCUCUAUAUGUGGUGAAGUGGGCGUUGGCGAUCCAAGACAGGUAGAAAUCAUUCGUACUGACUCAAGCGGGGGACCCGUCAUUUCUGAUGAUGGUACCGUCUAUAUGUAUAGCACAACUCGUCCGGCAGAAUACACGAAUGAUGAUGAACUACGCAGAAAAAAUAAGAGCCACCAUAGUGAUCCACGACAUCGUUCUUUGGGCAAGUCUAGGUCGAGCAGUAGCAGCAGCAGUUCCAAGAAUGGUAUUGAACGGCCAGUGGUAACCCCGGUCUCCGUCAAGCGCCAAUCCACUCCAACCUCCACAUCCCUGACCGAGGUGUAUGUGCCCAACGAGUCGAAGCAACGCAGCCAUCACGAAUCACCCAAAAAAAAGAGGAUUUACCGUCUUGACAGUAGUGACAGUGAUUCUUCCAGCUCUUCUUCCGACGAAAAUAAAAUGAGCCAAUUAGGUAGCAUCAAAGUGGUGCCUUUGCGGUACUGA